AUGGAGCCCAGCGAGGUGACAUCGGAAAGCGAUUCUUUGUUGCCGAACGAGCCUUGUGUUGCCUCGAUGUCCACACCACCAAGGACCGUCGGCAAGAACAAGAGCGGCCACAUCCUCAACAGCGAUUCACGGAACAUAAUCUUCCACUGCUACACGUACUGGCGCAACAGGGAGCCCGAACGCAGCGUGGAGGACACGAGCAAGUUUGUCGCCGAGAUGCUCGGUGUCAGCGAAAGCACAGUCUUCAAGGUGAGGAGAGAGGCCAAGGCUUCGUCUUCUUCGGGCGGCAAUCUCUCGACGCCCUCGCGAAAGCGCCCACGAAAUGCGGAGAAGAGAAGACGCAGCACGAAAUAUGACAGCUUCACGUUGUGCGCGCUGAGGUCAUGUGUGCACGAUUUCUUUCGCCGCAACGAGAUACCGACGGUCGCGAAGAUAACCAACGAGUUCUCGAACCGUAUGGAUCUCCCGUCACUGAAGCGCUGUACUGUGCGGCGCCUGCUUGCCGAGAUCGGCUUCAAGUACGAGAAGAGGUGCCGCAACUCGCUGCUUAUCGACCGCGACGACAUCGUCGAGUGGCGGAAUCGCUACCUUCGUGACGUGGAGCGCUACCGGGCGGAAGGCCGAAAGAUCUUCUUCCUGGACGAGACAUGGGUGACGGCGGGACACACUCAGUUGACCGUAUGGACAGACACCGUGGUGCAGAAGCGCGGACGCCUGUACGCUCGCGCAAAUGGCCUUUCAACGGGUCUGAAACAACCCUCUGGGAAAGGCCAGCGCCUGAUCGUCACGCACAUCGGCAGUGAAGAUGGGUUCGUAGACGGCUGCUUGGAUGUAUUCUGA